UCAAUUGUAUCGAUGUUUGAAUCGAUUUUUUCCCAGCUCUAGCUUAUUCCCGAGAUCAUUGCAUUAGAUCGUCCGCACCAGCAUAUUUGCCUUUUUGUUAAGGUCACGUCCGUCUGCUACCAAUCCGCCGGAGGACACUGCUCCAUCCAUAGUGUACGCCGCAACAAAAGACCUGCCCCGCCAGCCCACGAAACUCGGAGCAGAGCUCGCCUUGCCGCAAUAACAAGUCCCCGCACCCACACAGGCGCAGGGGAAGAAGAAGCAGAAACCAGCAGAGUGAACGCCGCCGACGCCGCUGCAGUCGCCGCUGUCGCAAUGGAUGUGGAGGAGAACUACGAGUCCCAGAAUGCCACAGAGAACCAGGACCAGCACCAGCAUCCGCACCAACACCAGCACCAGCAACAGCUGCAAUUGCAGCUGAAUCUCCAGCAACAACAACAACAGAUGCAGUGCGAGCCGCUCUUUGGCCUGACGACCAACACAACAACCACCACAAAUCCCAUGAUGGAGACGAACAGCAUCGCCAUACCGCUGCCGGCGCCGCCCGGUACAACGGGCAGCGUUGUUGUCUCCUCGUCAGCGCCAGCCUCACUCCCGGCAUCGUCGCCAGCGGCGCCGCACCAGCAGAAGGGCCUGCCCACGAACGACUUUGACAUCGACUCACUGCUGCUGCAGCAGUUCAGCUGCAUGGGCACCACAGACCAUGAGGAUCUGAUUAGUCAGUUCCAGAGCCUCAUGAACAACCAGAUGAAUCGAGAGUCGGCGCGCUUCUAUCUGGAGAUGAGCAAUUGGAGUCUGCAAACAGCCGUCGGCUGCUACUUGGACUUUUGCAGCCUGCAGUCGCUGCCAUCGAUGAAGAUCGUCCAGGGGCAGCAUGUAAAUGCCCAGCAGCAGGCGUUCCAGCUGCAGAACGACGGCACCGAGCGGUGGCCCAACAACUGCUAUCUGACGUCGCCCAUCCAGACGCAGCGCAUCAAUAUACCAUCCCUGCGACCGGGGGAAACUUGUGAUAUACUGGCUGAUCUGAUGCCCACACAGCCGCCGAUCAUGUGGCGCCUCUGCACACCAAAUGGCUGGUAUUUCGGCGAUGCCAUUUGGAUGAUACCGCCGGGGACACAGGCCAGCCAGGACGAACUGCAGCAGCGCAUGGUGCAGCUGAUCACGUCGGAGGCCAAGCCGGAGGUCUAUCCGCAAAUCAACAUCGUGAUAACGGCGCACACACACUGAGCAGCGUGAAACGUCCGCAGCCGCAGCCGCAACCGCAGCAGCUCCAGCAUUAUUUUCAUAAGAAGUUUUCAGAAAAACGAAACAACAGACAAAAUAAUUUAGAAAGAGCAGAGUACUUCCCCCCGGGCUCACAGGGAGGAUCGGAUACAUAUACAUAUUGGAGUAAUUCCUCCCACAACAAAAUCCAACCCAAGCGCGGGUAUCCCCCUCUUGCAGGCAGGCACAGGCAUUUCAGAUGUUUCAAAUUGAGCGACUUCUAUUAUAAGGUUUAGGUCUGUACCCUAUCCUAUAUUAUCCAGCAAGCCUAUACUUUUCGACUAGCAUAAUAUUGUUCUCAAGUAGUGGAUUUGUUCACAAGAAGAUCUAACUUUUUUAAGCAGCCCCCUCCCCCCUACACCCGCUCCCCAUAAAUACAUAUGCGAUUAUGUAGCCGCAGCCAUUAGGUGCAUGUAACCAUAUAGCAGUUUCCCCUCCUACCUCGCGGGAGCCUACCUCUAUAUACACACACCACAGGCCAGAUAGACCAGACAGAUCCCCUCUCCAACUCCACAUACCUACAUACGUAUAUGUAUGUAUAGGCAAAGUUGUUGAGUUCAUAUGUAGUUUACUAUUCUCCUUUCUAUAUAUUUUUUAUUUUUUUUGUAUUUUGGUGCCAGACGUCUAGGAACGUCUAUCCAUGAAGAUGAAGUGAAAUUGUUUUAAGUUGAAGCGGAGAAUGUGUGUAAUAGCGCGAAAUUGUAUAAUGCAGAAAUACUUCAUUUUUUCUAGUUUACUUUCGAAUUUUUUUGUUGCUCUUCCCGCAUUCAAGAACUUGUACCCUGUAACAAAAUUAGACAUAUAAGUGUUUAAGUGUUUUAUUAAGCCUAAGAAAAAACAAAAAAGAACAAAGAGA